AUGGAAAUUGAAUCUUCUAAGAGCGCACAACCAGACAUUUCCCAUGAAAGAGAAGUUCCUAAAGAACUUGAACUUGAUGUAUAUAUUGGCCUUCAUAAUGGAUAUCCUAUUACGCAAAUUGAUUGUUCACCUAAGAUGAAGUAUGUUGCUACAUUGAGUGAAUUUGAUAAAUCCGUGGCCUUGUGGUCUAUUGAUCCAAACCAACAAAGUUUGCGAUAUGAAAACAUAAUUUUAAUCAAAAAUAUUGAUGUUGGAUCAGAAACUUUAACGACCUUUACAGUUUCAGAUGAUGGUGGAAGCCUUGUAAUGGUCAGCAUUAUAGAACACAAAGCAUAUAUUCUUGUUCCAGAAAAAACAAAUGAUGGUGUCAAAUGGAUUUUCCAAUCAUCAAUUGAACUGAAAAAUUUUGAUACCUCAGACAAAGUAUACAUAACUCCCAAAGGAAAAUUAAUAUUUUUUAAAAAAAUGACGUAUGAGAUCACAAUAUGGAAUUUAGAAACUUUGUCAGUUGAAUCACAAAUUUUGUUGGAUUGGAAUUGUAAUUUCGAACCAAUUCAAAUUGGGUUAAGUGACGAUGAAGAACUAUUAGGAUUAGGAAUAGCUGCAAACGCAGCAAACAGUUCAACAUUAACUUAUUGUCAUUACAAA